AUGACAUUACUGAAGGCAAUGAAUAGGAGUCAAUCCAUCGCCGCGCAUCUCCUUGUGCUGUACAGUUUGUACUCAAGCACGUCAAAACAGUUUCCUUCUUUCCCUUCUCAAGGGCCCACAUUUUGUGCGCCGGCUCCCAUCAUGUUGGUCUAUCCAUACUGGUAUUAUGUCUACAUACAACAGUAUUGGGGCGGAAAAACUGAUCAGAUCUUUUGCCUCAUGAACACCUUCCUCUCCAGUUUUCCCCUUUCUCCCCGAAGGAUGUGUGACAUCCCGAGUGCCACAGCCGUGUCUCACAUGAAGAACAAGACCCUCAACUCAAAUUUGAAGCCUUUGGAGACUCCAAAAUCAGGUUCGCAGUCUGCUCCUACGCUCAUCAUCAGUCUGCAAGAUCCUGUCACUGGCAAGAAUCAGGUGAAGAAGCAUUCCAUGUCUUCUCCUCCCUAUUUAAUGCCCAAGGCUCGACACGAGUGCCGUCCAGAUACUCCAUCCACUCCCGAAGAGAGCUUCCGUUGCUACAACAACUUUGCUUCAGUGAACAUGCUUCCCUCGAGAGACGCAUCAUGGAAGAAUAGGAAUGGCCUUUCAGCCAAGGCAACGCCUUUCUCCGUGCCACUGGAGCUCCCAGGAGUAAUCUUGAACCUGGUACCUGUGACUUCUAAUCACUGGCGACGAGGAAAGCUGAAGAAAACUUCUACCGUGAAGAAGCAGAAAUUGCGGGUUUUGAUUAUCCCGCCCUCGGCUGCCGACCCAUAUAAGAUCCUGUACUACGCCUCAAUGAUGUUCGCGGAGGGUUCGUUGUACUGCCUGUGA